CAUCUUCACAUUAUGAAUCCAGUUUUGUCUCAUUGGUGGGUGAAUAAAUCUGUUUCUGUUGGUGAUGAAGUCAAUAUUACCUGUCAGAUCCCAGAGGAACAUAAAUUCAGUCCAAAACUCUUCUGUAAAGAGGAUGAAAAUCACAUCUGUCAAACCGUCAGCAGAUCUGAAGUGAAACUAAAUGAUUUCUCUGAUAAAAGUGUUUUUACUGUGAUCAUCAGUGAUGUGACAGUGAGAGAUGCUGGAGUUUACUGGUGUGGAGCAGAAACCAGUCACACAGAUUUCACUUUCAUCUCUCUCACCACUAAAGUUCAACUCAAACUCAUCAUCCCUGAAGUGUUUGGAGAUGAAGGAGGAUCUGCUCAGAUCAUUUGUCCUUACGAUCCCAUCCAUACAUCAAAGACAAAAAAACUGUUGAAGAGUUGUACAGAUAAAAAUACUCUCAUGGAGAUGAACAGAUGGAGUGUGAAUGAUGACAUGACAGCAAGUGUGUUUAGUGUGAACAUCACUGGACUGACAGCAGAUGAUGCUGGGAAAUACUGCUGUGCAGUGACAUUAGAAACAGACGUGAUUUAUCUUUACACUCAUCUCAUUAUUAUCAUCAAACAGGAACUUCUCUUGAAUAAGAGUGAAGGAGACAACAUGUCAAUGGAGUGCAAACAUCACGCUGAAUAUCAGAAAGUCUUCUGUAAAGCACAUGAAGUCUCAAUGUGUGUCAAUGAUGGAGUUUCAUUACAGUCAAUCAGAGAUGAUGGAUUCUCUUUAAGUGAUGAAACAUCUACUGGAGUCUUUACUGUAAACAUCAGUCAUCUGAGAGAAGAGCAUUCUGGGAUAUACUGGUGUGGAUCUCACAUCAUCACUAAAGUGCAUCUAAACGUCAUCAGAGAUUCCUCAGUGAUGAUGAUGAUUAUUGUGUGUGUUUGUGUGAUUCUGCUGCUGAUUGGAGGAAUCGCUCUGAUUAUAGUUUAUAACUUCAGACACAAGACACCAGGUCCAGGAUCAUUACCCACAAUCCCCUCCUCUGAUGAUGUUCUGUACGCUGCUGUCCGUUUCCACAAGCAUGAAGAUUAUCUCAGUGAUGUUUCAGUCACCUUCAGUAAGGACGAGAUUUUAACAGACUACACCACUCUCAGACACAACACGAGACUCAACUAAUACAUGUAUUUAAUCAGAUUGUAAUAUUUUAAUAUUUACAGUAAUAUUUUAACAUUAGCUAAGGCACAGCUGUUUUAUAUAAACAUGUAAGACACAUUUGCCUUUCACCUUUCCCACUGCAACCACAGUGGCUUUUGCUACAAUUUAUAAAACCUCUUAAAUAUUCUCUCUUAAUUGUACAAAUGCUUUUUUGCUGUUAAAUGGCUUUAUCUUACUUUACUGGUUUUAUAAGCACAUGACAAUAAACUUUCUAAUCUGU